AUGCAAUUGUGUGCGACAGGUGCUGAGGCAGAGGCGGCGGCAGCGGCGCGCGCUGCGUCCUUGGGGCGUGCAGCUUCCAGCGCCGCUGUGCAGGUGGGCCAGAAUGAGGACAGUGCGCAUUGGCGCGGCCAGCGCAAGCACUUCUUCGUCCUCAGCAACGCAGGCCGACCAGUGUUCACGGCGCAUGGGAGCGAGCAUGCGCUGGCGGGCUUCAUGGCCAUCAUCGAUGCCAUGAUGUCCUUCGUCAAGGACAGGGGCGACUCCUUGCAGACCAUCAGGGCGGGGAAGCAUUUGAUAGUGUUCCUGGAGAGGGGUCCGCUGUAUCUGGUGGCCGUGUCAUCGACUGGGGAGCCUGAAGCCGCCCUGAAGCUGCAGCUGGACCUGCUGCAUGCGCACCUGCUGGCCAUCCUCACCGACAACUUCGACCGCAUGCUCGCCAGGAACCCCAGAUUCGAACCUCGCCGGCUGCUCGGUGGCACGGAGGAUGUGCUGCGCCGUUUCCUGGCCUCCUUCGACACCAGCCCCUCGGCGAUGCUGUGCGCAUUCGAGCCACUGCGCCUUUCGGCCGAUGCGCGCCACACCGUCCUCCUGGCCCUCCAGUCCGCUGUCAAGCGCAGCGAGGCGGUGUACGGAGUGCUGCUGGCUGGGGAGAGGGUAGUUGGCCUGGCUCAGCCGCGCGCCCAUGCUCUGCACGCUGCGGACCUGCUGCUGCUGUCCAGCUUCGUGCUGGGCUCUGACAGUUUCCGGGCGGCUGCGGAGUCCUUCUCGCCCAUCUGCCUGCCGCGCUUCAACCCCUCCGCCUUCCUCCAUGCCUACGUCCACUACCUCGACCCCAGCGGGGUGUGCCUGGUGCUGCUGUCGCCGCGGCAGGACGCGUUCCACCGCCUCUCAGACAGCGCUGCCCGCCUGCAGCGCCAGCUCGCAGAGUCCGGCGUGCCCCAGGUGAUCCUUUUGGGGUUAUUAUACAGUCAUAGGAUGUUUAAUCGUGCCUGCUCUUCAUUGGCUGGAAAUGCCAUCCGGGCAGCGCUGGCGGCUCCAGGGCAGGGGCGGCUGCACAUCCCCAGCAUGCCUGCAGCGGCCGGCGGAGGCCCACUUGGGACGACUGCGCUGCAGCACUUCCUGUACAAGGCCCCUGCGCGCGGCCAGUAUGUCAUGCCAGCCUUCACCGCCCCCCUCACUGUACCAGAGCUCCAACAGGAGGUCAUGCCGGCAUAUGCGCGGGUGCAUGCGGCCAUGUUCAGCGAGGCAGGCCAUGCGCGGCAGAGGGUGCAUUUCACGCGGGAUGACUCGCGCGCUGUGUUGGCCUACAUUGGCGCGGAGUACGAGGCGUAUGCGCAGUUUGAUGCCCUGCUGGACAGGAGCGCUGCAGUGGCCACGUGCCAGCGGCUGUGUGCGUGGAUCAAGGGGCAGCAUGCCGAGCUUUUCGUGCCGCCCUCUUUCUAG